AUGAAGUCCGCAGAUGCCGGCACUGACGGCAACACACACGCCGCAUUGACAUUCGACUGGACUGAGCGAGAGAGGCGCCUGGUCGUCUCUCUCGAGGCCUUCCUGCAUGCCUGGGCAGAGGGGGAUCGAGAAGGCGGCAAGGCGAAGGCGGCGUCAUCUGCAGCUACAGAAGCGGCGGUUGCCCGUCGAAAGGAUGGGCCGCAGCAUCACGCUGGUGCACAUCCCGAUCCGAUGCCCUGUGCGGGUGGCAUUGAUGCGGCGUCGCUCGCAACAGCUCGAAUCGAGUCACCGCCGUCCACGUCCACCUUGGCCAACGAGUAUCUCGCCGCACUACCUCCCCGUCUUCCAGCCCCUCCACCACGCAGCUUUAGACCCAAUGAAAUGAUGCCUGGGGUCUACCUCGGGUCAUGGAGCGACAUUGGCACCAAUAUACUCGAACUAGCGCAACGUCUUCGUCGUGUGUCGACCGACACGGGUGAGUCCUCAUCGUGCACCGCCUCUUGCUCGUGGCAGCGCCUUGUGCUGCUCGUGCGCGCCUGUCCAGUGAAAGGAAUCGUUGCGCCGCGACUGGAGCUGCGCGUGACGCGGCGUCGCGAGGGCACGCGGCGCCUUUACCUCCCCACCACCAAAGUCACCUCUGCGUCCCCCACCACCACGGCCGCUGCAGCAGCCGGCCUGCUGCAGGAGCCGUCACAACGGCCCCUCGCCCUACGCGGCUGGCAGCGCCACGGCGCGGCCACGACGGCGGCGCCGACGGACGAGGACGUCGUGGUGGCGCAGAUGUCACUCAGUGAGGUGUAUGAGUGUAUGCGUGCGGCGGUGCCAACAACGACGGCGGGCCCGGUGUCUGAAGCCGGCGUCAUCUGCGCCGAGGGCACGGCUUCAGGGAAAGGUGAGUAUUAUGGCCACUCAGGCUCUAUCACCGACGCCUCCUCAAGCACCACACCCUCGGGUGUCAGCAGAGUUGCCAGGUGGCUCUGCCCAGACUCGCCGCUCAUAUCGCCGUUGCGGCGUGCGUCGCCGGCUAGCUCCACAGCCGCUGACGUCCCGUCCCGCUGCACGCCGGCGGACUGGCAUGUUUUUGUGCGGGCGAUGCAGGGCGUGUUAACAGAGGGAGCCUCAGCGCACACGCCGGCGGGCGCCGCAUCGAUUAAUGAUGAGAGAGCUGAGACUGCCGAAGCGGAGCACCGCCCUUCCUCACCGACAACGACGGAGCUGCGCUACUGGCGCCUCACUCUGCCAAUUCUCGACUCCCCCGAAACUCGCAUACUGCACUACACCCCCAUGACGAGUCUAAUCAUGCACGCUGCGCUGACACUAGAGGAGCACCCGCAGGGACGCGCGUGGCUACAAGGUCAGCAGCAGCGGCGGGAGGUGGUCAGCAACAAAACCCUUGCAAACGACGGCCAUGCUAUGUUGGGCGUUCCCAGAAAAGGUGGCGCGUGUGGGAAAGUCGGUGCCGGCACCACCGAAGCGAGAGUCUUUCCAUCCGUGGCUGUGCACUGCCAGGCCGGCAAGUCACGCUCUGUCACCUUCGUGGCCGCCUUCCUCAUCCAGGAAUGGAUGUGGUGGUACCGUGGGUGCCAUCCCCCGAAUACUGCAGGCGCGGGCACUAGUACAGUAGAGCAGCAGAAGGAACAACGUCGUCGGGAAGGCAGCAUCGCGCGGCGCCUCGUCGACACGGUCCUGUCCUACCUGCGCCGUCGGCGUCUGUGCAUCGACAUCAACCUCGGCUUUGACACGCAGCUGUGGGAGAUGAUGUGCAGCUUUCUGCGGAGUCUCUGA